ACACAAUGGCAAGGCUGUGGAAGGCACUUGUGUUGGUGGUGGCCUUGGCUGUGGUACCCUGUGAGGCCCAUCGCCCACCAAGAUUUGAGGAUAUUGUUGACCGGGCCAUAGAGGCAUACAACAAUGGGCGUCCAGGAAAGCCCCUCUUCCGCCUGGUAGAUGCCACUCAGCCAUCUGGUCAGUUCUCCACUAGCAGGAUCUCACUGGAGUUCAGGAUUAAAGAGACAGAGUGCAUCUCCACACCGGAAAGAACACAGCCUAGAAACUGCAACUUCCUGGAAGAUGGGGAGGAGCGAGACUGCACAGGCCAAUUCCUCAGAAGGGGGCGUUCAACCUACCUGACCUUGAGCUGUGACACGGAUUGCAGUAGACAGGAUUCUCCUGAUUACACUGUGGAGGAUGUCUCUGAGAAGGACCAGCUCAAAGAUCUUACCCAAGAUUAGGAACAUCUAUGAAAAUGCCAAGUUUGACAUCAUCAACAACAUCCUUCAUAAUUUCUAGUGCUGCUGUUGGGAGGUGAGGCUCUGCCUGCCUCUGUGCCCUCCUCUUCUCCACUACCCACCUCCCUCUGCUGCCUCCAGGACCCUGCUGUCUGCACUUUCCAGGAGGGCCCCUCUCUAGAUUAACUCCAAGUCCCAAAGCAUUCAUACCUCUGCACACUUGCUCCCUUCUGCUGGGAAUACCUGCCCUACCCUAUAUCUGAAACUUUACCCUUCAAGUCCCAAACUCAAACGUCCCCUCCAGCAGGAGUUCUUCUCACCCUCCCAAAGCAAAAGUGUCCUUCCCACAUCUGUUUGCUCAAAACCCUCAAACCACGCUGGUAAUACUUGCUGUGCUCCAGCCAGAUCACACUGCAUCUAUUCCCAGCUGGGCUUCCGGGGCCAGUUGCAGGUGGCUAUAGAACGGAUUUUUCAAUCAUGUGUUCCUGGAAUCCUGAAAGACAGUUCCUUUUGUCAAGAUCCUGAGUACUCCUGCUCCUUGUCCAGUCUCUGUGCCCUUUUACACCAAAUGUCCCCUUACACAUCCUGAUUGGGACCUGUGUAGGAGUGACGG